UUUCAAUGUAUUGCACAUUUUCUAUAGGUUUUUUUACAUAACAUUGUUUAUCAUCGAAUUUCAAAGGAUGGCCCGGUUUGUUGGAAAAAGACUUUUAAUAAGUCGAUUGAACGUAUUACUAAAUCAAAAAAGGACCGGAUACAUAGUAUUGGUGCCCGAAAUUGGCGAGGAACCUGGCGUUAAAAAUCCACUGCUUCGUGAAGAUGGUUUUCCAGAGUUUAACAAUGUAACAAUUGAAAAUUGUGUAGCAUAUGUGGGUCAUCAAGCAUUAGAUUUAGAAAAGAGUGUUCAGAACAUUGAAGGACAACUUAUUGAAAACAACAAUGAAAUAGAAGAUAUUUUUGGAGAGCUAAUUAAUCCCAUUGAAAAAGAGGUCAUUCCUUUAGAAACUACAUGGGGUCUCGCAAAAACAAUUUAUAUGGCCAACUCUACGUUAAUGCCAACAAAAAGUUAUUUAUCAAUACAUAAUCGUGCUUUCAAAGCGACCACAAUGAGAUUUAAUAGUCUGCCUAUUUUUACGGCAGUUAAAAAAGCCCUCGUUACUAAAAAUUUUACAGAAGAACAAACUCGUGUUUUAGAAAAAUAUAUUUUAGAAACAAAAUUAAAUGGGGUUUGCUUGUUAACGAAAGAUCGACAAGUUCUUAACGAGAUAUUAAAUAAAUUAAGCAAUCUUAAAAAAAGUUAUGGCGAACGCGUUAAUACAAGUAUCAAGCAAUUUAAGCAUUACAUACAUGACAGUAAAUCAAUGAAAGAAUUUCCUCCACAUUUGUUACAAACAAUGGCUGAUAACCAAGAACAACCGACAAAAGGACCCUGGAAAGUUACAUUACAUCCUUAUGUGUAUAAAGCAUUCUUGGAGUAUUGUCCAAAUCAUGAUUUGAGAUGGAAUAUAUGGCAAGCUGAAACAAGAAAAGCUUCGGGAUAUUAUGACAAAAAUUCAAAUAAUAGUAUUGCUUUGGAGGAAAUUCGUGGAUUACGGCAAGAUCAAGCAAAACUAUUAGGCUAUAAGAAUUAUGCGGAAAUGUCUAUGGAAACAAAAAUGCUAGGAAGUGUUGAUGAUGUUGAAAAAAUGCUAGCAUCUUUAUUAGAAAGAGCAAAACCUGCUCAAGAAGAAGAGAUAAAUAAUUUAGUUGACUUUGCUGAGUCAAAUGGGUUUAAGCAUAAGUUUGAAAUUUAUGAUAUUUCGUAUUGGAAACGAAAACAAUUAUUGGAACAAUUUGAUUUCGAUGAUGAACAAAUACGUGAUUAUUUUUCCACUACCAAAGUUUUAGACGGAAUGUUUGCACUAUCUGAACAGCUCUUUAAAAUAAAAAUACAUGAACGUGGUGAUGUUGUUGCUUGGAAUGAAGAUGUAAAAGUUUUUGAUGUGUUCGACAUAAAUGAUUCAAGAGAACCUAUAGGCGCGUUUUAUAUUGAUUUGUAUAGACGAGAAGAUCUAAAAAUGUCAAUUCAUGAAAACUCCGGAUGGAUGAUUGGAAUAAGAAACCGUUCUUCUGUAUAUAAAUCAAAACCUUUAGCUGCUCUUAUAUUUAACUUUUCAAAACCACUUUAUGGAAAACCAUCAUUGCUAAAUUUACAGGAGAUUCAAAAACUAUUUUUUGAAUUUGGCCAAACUUUACAACAUUUGCUGACAAAAGCUAAUUACUCUGAUGUUUCUGGUCUAUCAAAUAUAUCCUGGGAUAUGGUUGAAACUUCUGGAAAUUUAAUGACUCAUUUGUUAUUCGAAGCAACAACGUUGAAAAUGAUUAGUUGCCAUUAUUCUACAAAAGAUGAACUGACGGAUAGUCAAAUUAAAGCAAUUCAACAAUCUAAAAUGCAUUUAUCAGCCUUUGAUUUAUGUGAGGAAAUAUAUUUAUCAACAUUAGAUUUAGAAUUGCAUAAAACAAGGGAAUUCUGGUUGGAUAUAGUAAAAAGUCUCUAUCCAAAACAUUUCGUGUUUGAUCUAGACAAAAAAUAUGCUUACCCUUGUUCAUUCAGUCCAAUAUUUGCGGGAGAGUGGGGAGCUGCAUAUUUUAGUCAUUUGCAUGCUCGUCUCAUUGCAGCAGAUGUUCAUAGUGCAUUUGAAGAAGCUAGGAAACUGGGAAAAGAAGAAGUACUCAAAGUUGGAAAACGUUAUAGGGACACAUUUAUGGGGCUUGGAGGUGCAUGUGAUCAAAAACAAGCUUUUAGAAAAUUUCGUGGAAGGGAUCCAAGUCCCAAAGCUUUGCUUAAAACAAUUAAAAAUAGUCCUAUGACCAAGUAGUCGAAUAAACAAAUAAAAAAAAUUAACAAAAGAUUAAACAGACUAAAUUUUUUCAUAUUAAGGUGAAUGAACCCAAUGUCUCCAUUCAUUUCUGAUUUUGUCGUAAUUAAAAACUAGGGGAAAAAAUAAAAAUUAUAUUCAUAAAAUAUGAACAAAUCAUGUAAAAGUAAGCAAAUGAUGAAAAACAGUUUUGUAAGUCACUUGACCAAUUUUUUUUUAAUAAAUUUUAUUUUUAGAGGUUUUGCUUGAUUUUCUGCACUUUCACGUUUGAAAAUAAUAAGACCUAAAGUUAAAUAAAUAUUAAGAUUCAACAGUUAUGUUACAAAACUUCAACUAAAAAAUUGAAAAAAAUAUUUAUUUUUAGUUUUAGAAAAUUCAGAUUAGACAAAAAUUUUAUGUAGGUAUUAAAUUAAAUAUCGAAUACCUGCAAAACACUAUUGAAAAUAUGAGGGACACGGAACAAUUUUUUAAGAUGUUUUUAGAAUGCAAGUCAUUGAUGUUUAUUUAUUUUUAUUUCAAACUAAACUUACAUUUAUUUUUUAAAAAAAUUUUCGAAACUGAUUCAGGCAAUUUUUAAAAUUAAUUGAUGAUGGCGUCCAAUAUAUGUAUGUAUUUAUUUUAUUUAUGUACAUUUUUUAUUAAUUCACAUUCUUAAUUAACUUUCUAGGAACUUAAAUAUUGUUAAACUGUAUAAAGUUUAUUAUAUUAUUUAAAGUUUAUUAUUACAAUAAAGUAUAUUAUAUUAUUACGAUAGAUUUACAAUGUAAAAUUAUCAACAAUUUUGUUUCUCAUUCUUGCUUCUUGAUAAAUAAUUUUUGAUUAUCAAAAAAAUAUUUUUAAUUAUUCGGAAGAUAUCAUUUGCUUUUAUAAGACUUUUUUAAUUUUGUAAUAUAUAUGUUAUUAAGAUGUUAUACUAACAUGUAAAUAUUUAAUUUAGCUAGAUACAUAAAUAUUACAUACAUUUAUUGUAAAUGAAAUAAAGUAGUUAUCAUGAAUAGGUAAUAUAGAUUGCAAUUUUAAAAAUAAAAAAGUAUAAUUUCGAGAUCUAUAAUAAAUAAAUAAUCUUAAUCACAAUUUGUUUAGGGUGUUCCAAAACCGUUUUCUGUUUUGCGUUACAUGUUUGAAAAAAAAAAUCCAUGGGGGA